AUGAUGAGGAACGAAUUUAUAGUUAAUACAAUUUAUAACCAUGGGAAUUUGAAAAAGGUCCUGGGGUUACUAAAAAGCAUAAAUAAAAGCAACAAAUUAGAUCUGAUAUGUCAGAUAUGUGAUAAUUGCAAUAUAAAAGAUGAUGAGGAAACAUUGCGUAUAUUUUUAAACGAAUUGAAUCAUAUUAGUAAUGACGAAAGUGUAAGUAGUAAACUUAAUGAAAAGGACAAGGGAGGAGGGGGUAAUAAUAUUAAUAGUAGAAAUAAUAGUAACCAAAAUAAAAUUUCUCUUAGUAAUAGGAUCAAGCAUACUGAAAUUGUAAAUAGAUGUCAUAACAAUCUUUUGGAGGAUAAUAAUAGUAAUACUUAUGAAGAAGUAAAAGACCUUAGCGGUUCCCUUUCUAACAGUUCAGAAGAAAUUAAUGAAUUCGAUAUAGAUUUGAAUACAUCGAAUAAUGAAAAAAAUAAAGCAACACGAAUUUAUGUUGAUGGAAUCUUCGAUUUAUCACAUUCAGGACAUUUUAAUGCCAUGAGGCAAGCCAAACAAUUAGGUGAUGUGGUAGUAGUUGGAAUAAACUCAGAUGAAGAUGCCCUGAAUUCAAAGGGUGUUAUGCCAAUAUAUACACAAGAAGAAAGAGGUGCAUUAAUAGCUGGAUGUAAAUGGGUAGAUGAAGUUAUAAUAGGUACAAAAUAUAAUGUUAAUAUGGAAUUGCUAGGAAAAUAUAAUUGUGAUUACGCAGCUCAUGGAAGUGACAUUGCUUAUGAUCGAAAUGGAAAUUGUUGUUAUGAAGAAGUUAAGAAAAAUAAUAAAUUAAAAAUAUUUGAGAGGAGUUACGGUAUAUCAAGCACUACUAUAAUUAAUCAUUUAUUACAGGCAGUUAAUAGUGCCAAUAAAAAUGCACUAGAAACGGAUGUGGUGGCGAAUAAUGUAUUGGGAGACGCGAAUAUUCAUACGGGUUACCUUAACAUUAACGAGGAUGACAAAUUAGCCUGUACAUUAAGUAAUGGAAAUUGCUUGAACAGUACAGGUGAAAAAAGUAAUUUUAUUAAAAAAUGUAAAACGAAUUCGAUAGAACUGGAUGAUGAGCAGCAGCAACAGCAACAACAGUGCGCUCCUACUGAAGUUGCAGGAACAGGAGACAAUAAAAUUAAAGCAUCUGAUGCAAUGUCCAGUUUAAAACAUGCCUUAAGUAAAAACAAAUGCUACGUAACCGCAUCACAGUUGUAUCAAUUUAUGGGAAAGCAUGAAAAGAAAACAAGGCAAAAGGUAGUAUAUGUAGAUGGAUCCUUUGAUAUAUUUCAUAUUGGGCAUUUGAAAAUAUUAGAGAAUGCCAAAAAAUUAGGUGAUUAUUUAAUAGUAGGUAUGCAUUCGGAUGAUGUUGUACGAAGAAUGAAAGGAAAAUACUUCCCUGUUGUGUCUUUACUUGAGAGAACUUUGAAUGUAUUAGCCAUGAAGGUAGUAGACGAUGUAGUCAUAGGUGCCCCAUGGCUUAUCAGUGAAAGUUUUAUUAAACGUUUUCAGAUUGAUAUUGUGGUUAGAGGAACCGUUGUUGACUAUUUUUAUUCCAGUAAUGAGUUAGACCCUUAUGCUGUUCCGAAGAAAUUGAAUAUCUACAAAGAACUUUCCUCGGAAUCGGGCAUAACAACCUUUGAAAUUAUUGAACGAAUAGAAAAAAACAAAAAGUGUCUCAUGAGUAACAUGUCCAAAAGAAAAAAGAAAGAAGAAAACAUCUGGAAGGUCAACAAUACAUAUGUUUUGAAUUAA